GGCGGAGGGAAGUUUUGAAGAACACAUCACCAAAGAAGCAAUGAAUCCUUCUUUCCGUGCACCCAUACAAAAACCAUGAAAUUCAGUGCUGACGUCAGUUCUUCUCGCAGAAAGAGCAGAAAGGCUCAUUUCACCGCCACCUCUGAUGUUCGUCGUAAGAUCAUGAGUGCACCUUUGUCCAAGGAACUCCGUGAAAAGUAUGGUGUUCGCUCUAUCCCUGUCCGCAAAGACGACGAAGUCAUGGUCGUUCGUGGUACUUACAAGGGCCGUGAAGGCAAGGUUGUCCAAGUCUACCGUAAGAAGUGGGUUAUUCACAUUGACCGUGUUACUCGUGAAAAGGUCAAUGGCGCUACUGUUCCCAUUGGUAUUGACACCUCCAAGGUUGUCGUUACCAAGCUCAAGUUGGACAAGAGCCGUAACGCUAUCCUCGAGCGCAAGGGUAAGAAGGACGCUAUGAAGCAGUAAAUCAAGCCUCCUUUUUCUUUAUCCAAGCAAAGCAAUAAAAAGUCCUUUGUGUAAAAAAAAAAUCUCGACAAGGAUAUCAAAUGUGUUUAGCAAUAUCAUUGUUCAUCUACAGCAUAGAGGAUAACGCAUUGGCCAUGUGAUGUGUCUUUUUCCCGCUAUGUGUAUUAAAAUACUUUGGCGAUCUAUAUGCUGGAUUGGCCUCGAUGAGUUUCUUAAUAUAACAAUGGAUCAAAAUGGUUACAGUGUAAUACAUAAUAUCUUGAGACUCAAAACGACUGCCUUAUCGAGGAGAAGGGGGCAUAUGGUUUAAGAAAACAGCAAGUGGGCUGUUGAAUAGCGUCUGACCUAGGAUGAGACGGUUAAAGAUUGUUUUAAAAGUGUGGGCAUCUAAAAAAUAUAGCUUUGCUAGUCUCACUUGUCAGCC